CUUCAACGCGUGUGCGAAUUCAGGACUUUACAUCUCUCGUACGGACGAACGUAGAUACGCUCUGUAUCCCCUCCCCCUUGUCCUCUUCUCUCCAUCUCCUCACCCGCCCUCACCCGCAACCUCCCACUCACACCUACACCUACACCAGCAAUGGUCUCGGACGGAUUCAUCCACGCCUGUGCCGGUGGGGCGGGCGGCAUGAUCGCAAUGACGGCCACCUACCCACUGGUGAGCAUCUCGAUGAGGGCUGCUGUGGAGCAGAGUAGGGCUAAAGACAAGACCAUGGUGGAAGCGGCGCAGAAGGUCAUUAGGGAGGAAGGCGUCGUUGGCCUCUACUCUGGUCUCAGCUCAUCGCUUCUAGGGAUCAGUAUCACCAACUUCGUCUACUAUGGCUUCUUUGAGACGGCGCGAGAGAUGAUCCUUGCCUCGAAGAACAAGGGCGCAGCAAAGGAGGCCACCACUGCCGCUGCCACCAUUGCCGCCGGUGGAGCCCUGAGCACAGCCGAAUCCAUGCUCGCUGGAGCUCUGGCCGGUUCAGCGACUACCGUCAUCACCAAUCCAAUCUGGGUGGUCAACACUCGGCAGACUGUACGUGUCGGCGUGGACAGCGGUAGUGGUAGUAAGGGCAAGCCAGGUGCGCCAGUAAGGAAGAUGGGAUUCCUAGAGACGAUUCGAUACAUCAUCUCCACAGAUGGCGUGCCAGCCCUCUGGCGCGGUCUUGGUCCUGCCCUCUUCCUAGUCAUCAACCCAAUCCUACAGUACACGGCCUUUGAGCAACUCAAGAAUAUGCUCGUCACCUCUCGUCUGACGCGCGGCGUUAGCGCCUCCCUCUCCGACUUGGACUUUUUUUUCCUCGGAGCCCUCAGUAAGCUCUUUGCUACUGGUCUCACCUAUCCACAAGUACUGGUCAAGUCUCGUCAACAAGCAGGCAAGGGAAGCACAAAGGGCAAGAGUACCAACUUUUUU